AGCUGUCAAAGGUGCGUGGUGCUUGUUCUUGGUGUUCUUCUCCAUAAAAUAUGUUGGUCGGUUCGGCAUCAUCGCGCAUAAAACUACUGUGAGCAAACCCGCUGCCGCAUUCAUCGUCAAAAGUUUGAUGGCACCGGAUCCUACGGCGUAGAGGUUUUCAUCGCAUCUCCGAGUGUCCGACCGUGACAGGCUGCCCUGGAGUUGGUCGGAUUUGCGAACCGGUUCCGCGCGAGUGGUUUUUUAAAUUUAAUUCCUGGUGCUUGGGAUUGUGCGGCCACGGGAAAAACGGGUUCCGUGGUGAAUGGUUUUGAAAUUUAUCUUCCAGCCAGUGUUUGAAGAGUAGUGUAUAGAAGGGAAGAAGGGCGUGAAACAUGACGAACAUGAGUGAAGGUGAAAAACUUCGGGCUGACCAUCGGGACAUCUGCGGGCAGCUGAACAUCGAUGCGGCGACGGAGGAAAAAUCCUGGAACUCGUUCCAAGAAGUUCGCAGGACGUACAAUUUGGAUGGUGAUCCACUGCACUGGCAGUGCUGUGCACUGUACAUCACCUGCCGAACGACGGUUACGCCCACCGUAGGGAACACCAAUUCCGUACUACAAGGCAACUGCGUCUCGAUGACGCGACUGCUAAGGCUGAGUAAGAUCAAUCUUAAUGAAUUCUUUAAAAAAAUCAACAACUGGGUGGGGAUGACCUCGCAACCGGACGAGUGCCGCAAUGCCAUCAGCAAUCUGCAGCACAAUUUCAUCGUUUCGAUGUCGAUCUAUCAGAAGUAUCGCGAGGUGUUCUCCACCAUUUUCCUGGCUCCCAGCGAAGACGAGCAGAAGCGCGGCAAGAAGUCCAAACCUCAACCGUGCAGUCCGAAUCGGUUGUUCAAGUUCUGCUGGAAGCUGUUCAUCUGUGCCAAGGCGGAGUAUCCGGAACAGAACGGAGACUUGGUUACUUCGUAUAACAUGCUGCUGUGCUGUUUGGAUCUGGUAUAUGCCAACGCAAUCACCGACGGCCGUACAGAUCUGGUCAAUCCGAGCUUCCCUGGUUUGCCGGAGAAUUUUCUCACAGGAGGCGAGAUCCCACCAGAACCGGUGUGCAUUAUCGAGGAGCUCAAGGAAGAGAAUUCCAGUUCUGUAAUAAUGACAACGAGGAGUACAAGCUGGCAGAAUGCAAUCAACGGAUUUUUCCGGACAGGCGUCCUCCGGGGAAAUGCCGAAACUUUCAUGGAGCUCAUCACGGUGCCGAACUUUGAGGAUAAUCUCAAGGCACUGGACAGCCUGUACAAUACGUUCAUAUUGAGCUGUGGAGAAUUUGACGAGGGAAUUGCUCUUGAGCAAAAGACUCCGGAUGGUGGAUUCUCCGCUUCCAUCAAAUCAGAACUGUCCAUGUCCGCAUCCGGAACACCAGAACGAAUUCAACUCUGCCAGCAAACUCCGCUGAACGGUCGUAGCCGAAAUGCCGCUAACGACGGCAGUAAAUUCACUCCCAUAUCUACCGCAAAUGCCUCGGUAACCAUGCUUCGCCUGAGGCUGAGCGGCUACACCGGUGAACCGCAGGGUUCUCUCAAGGAGCUGUUCAAGACGUGCGCCGUGGAUCCGAGCAACAUCGUGAGAGUGCGCCUAGGUGCAAUGAGAGAUAAAUUCUCCAGCUAUAUGCGGGAACAAAAGUGGAGCAAUAGGGCCAUAGCUGUCCGAUUCGACAUGACUGAAGCGCUGUACUAUCGGCUGCUGGAGAACAUUAUCCGAGCGGAGCAGCGACGGCGCCAAAUCAAUCUCGUGCGGGAACUGUGCUGCGAGGACAUGUUCAAUCAAACGCUGCUGGUGUGCAGUGCGGAAAUUGUCAACUAUGCCCACAAUUUGCAGCAGAAUUUUCCCUGCAUUCUGAACGUGUUCGAAAUGGCACCGUUCAUUUUCUAUCGGAUCAUCGAGGUGGUGGUCUUGCACCACAACGACCUCCUAUCCGGAGAGAUUAUCAAGCACCUUACGAUUAUCGAAAACCAGUGCAUCGAAUCGCUAGCCUGGGCAAGUUCGUCGCCUUUAUGGCGCGCGAUGGAAAACAUCAACUACAAAGUGCCUACCGCACAGGAGGUGGAAUCGUCCACCGAUCUGUCGGGCAUAACUCCGCACAAACCCGGCGAAAGUGUCACCAAGAUCAACGGGCAGCUAAUGCUAGAAUCCACACCGUCGACGUCGAUGGCGACGCCCUCUGGAAGCAGUGGUCCGGGUAAUGGGCGAAAAAUUCCCAAUCCGGAUUCCGCCAAAAAGCGCCUGUUCAGGAUGGACGACGACGAACCGGCUAAACCGGAUACAUCCGAAGGCAAGGACGCAACAGCAACAGAAGCAGCUGAAGGCCCGAAGGAAAAGAAGGAGCCACCAAAAGAUCUGGUCGCACCCCGCGUAAACCAACCGUUCCCCACGACGCUUGGAUUUUUUUCUCCGCUGAAGCUUCCCGUUCCGAACGGAUCACUGUCGAAGCGAAGGCCCGGAGCUGCUUCAUUGAAUCUUUUCUUCCGGAAGUACUACUCGACGGCGGCGCUACGCAUGAACCACCUGUGCACACACCUGAACCUACUGUCGGCGGACAUAAUCAAGCAGAUCUGGACCAUCUUCGAGUACUCGAUCGUCAACUGUACGAAGGAACUGAUGCGCGAUCGCCACCUAGAUCAGAUGGUGAUGUGUUCGAUCUAUCUGUUUGCCAGAAUAAAAAAAAUAAACCACAAAUUCGCCGAAAUCAUGAAGGUGUACCGCACCCUACCGCAGUCGUACAGUCACGUGUACCGGAGCGUAUUCAUUUCCCGUCUAACAGCGGAUCAACAACAACAGCAGCAGCAGCAACAACAAUCGCAAUAUGGGCAUGGCAAUAGAGAAGGGGGUGAAGAUACCCGUCGAGUGCAGCCGGGUGACAUGGCCGGUGUUUCCGUGCAGCAUGGCGGCGAAGAACGGGGCGACAUCAUCCAGUUCUACAAUACGGUGUACAUCAAAGUGAUGCAAAAUAUAGCGAUUCAGUUUGGAAAUGAGGAUGAGCGUUCCUUGAUCCUGUCUCCAAUUCCGAGAGCAACCAAUCGAAGCGUACUGUUGUCACCGAAACAGGUGGAUGGGCGAAUUUCGCUGUACGUCACUCCGAUGGACAAAACCAAUGACCUGAAGGAGUCGCCCAAUGCGCGCACGUUCCAUUUCGAUCGCAGUCCGGCAAAGUUUCCUCCUCAGGAUCUACAGGAAAUCAACCGUAUCGUGAGCAGUGCCCCGGUGAACUCCUGCAAACGUAGCCUCAGCAAUCCGGACUCGUACCAACAGCGUACGAUGAAAACCAAAAAAUGGGACCGGCUCAUCUCAGACCGCCAGCAGCAAGAAAACAAUGGCAAUGCCAAGUAGAAGUUAGCUACUCUUAGGCGCUUAAAGUAGACGGAGCAGUGCGGAAGAAUCACGUUUUCAAGUUUUUAAUUUUCACCAAUUGCACAUUUUAACCACAAUUUUAUAUAAACACAAAUAUUCAUUACUGUUUUAUCCCAUAGUGGAAUAGAUUUGAAACUUAAAGCUUAAAAUUUCGUUCGAUUAAUUGGACAACAGAAAUACCGCAGCAUGUUGCUGCACAAAUUCGCAUUCGAUAGCGGGAACCGAAUCAACAACAAAAAAAAAACUCAACCAAUCGUUACAAGGCUAAUUGAUCUCAAAAUCGGGUUGUUUCAUAUUUAAUAACCUUUAGCUAUAUUUAUUUAUUUAAACUCAGACGAAUUUGUUUGUUAGUUAAAAAUUUUAAUCGUAUUAUCGUGCAAAGAAAACUCGUUUGUAACACACCCGCCCGACCACGGUACACCGUGUCCAAGGUUGAGAUUCCGUCUACCAUUAUACCUGGAACCUACCUAUUUGAAAUAUUCCCGAGCGGACCUGCACACUUUUCCCACAUUUUCUCCGUUGAAGCAUAAACUAUUCGUAAAAAAAAACAAAACAAUUUGAAACAUUUUUUCACCAAACGCGAAAUUGAACUCCCAUAGUACUCGGUAUCGAAUGCGGAUAGGGUGCAAACAUUUGAAAAUUGUAAUUACCUGCUUGAUCGUGAUUGGCUUAAUUUGGAAGGCACAUAAUGCUAGUUAAUAUAUUAUUACCACUAUUGAAUAA